AUGGCACCUAAAACCUUGACCCGAGAGACGACUACUGGCGCUGCGCUGGAGAAGGUCCAGGGAGCCAUUCAGGGCCCAAAGACAGAGGUGAUUCUCAAGCCGCCUUCUGACCUCGAAGAACUCAAGGCUGAUUGUGAUUCAUUCACUUUCACAUCAUUCACCACUGAGGAUGCUUUUGUGCUGGGCAACCUUCUCUACGCUCGGCUUUACCCAUACGCUGUCAAAGGCAAGCCGACGGUGAUCUCAAUUGCCCUUGCAAACACCUCCCAGGUUGUCUACCAAACCGUUACCGGACCUGGCACAGCUCCCGACAACGAGCAAUGGGUUCGCCGUAAGAGAAACACUGUUCUCCGAUUCGGCAAUAGCACAUGGUUCAUGCACAACAAGUUCAAGGGGGAUGAGGUUGCUUUCGCUGCCAAAUAUGGCAUUGCAGAUUCAAACAAGGGCGACUACGCAAUCCAUGGUGGAGCUAUCCCGAUUCGUGUCCAGGGAGUUGAAGGGAUCGUUGCUGUUGUCGUGGUGAGCGGGCUCAAGCAAGACGAGGACCAUGGAGUUAUUGCCGAUGUUAUCAAGAGUAAUUGGAGCUGUUAA